CGGCAGAAGGGGAGAGAAAAAGAGCUGUGGCACUCCAUUUCUACACACCACUAUUGCGACCCCCUCCCCCUCUCCUCGUCCCUGCCUGAUCCCUCGUCUCUGUCGACGUCGUCGGCUCCCUCUCUUCCCCCUCCUCCUUCACUAACAUCUCCUCCUCGUGCAUCAUUCCUGGAUAAUACUGCUCAUCUUAGUAUAGCACCGUCCUCGCUGCUUAGGUUACAUUCUCCUUCCGCUUGUUCCCCUCGAUCCACUUGCUCUUCCAAAGUUCCUCCUGCUACUCCGGUCCCCUCAGCUCCUGCCCCCGCAAGCACCGACAUCCCUGCUUUGGUUGUGUUUACCGCUGUUGCUUCGUAGUAGUGGCCGUCACCACCGCCGCGGUCAUGGCGCCCUCUCAACCCCCGUCCGGUUCGCUGAGAUUAGUGCUGUCAUGAGGUCGACGCCAUGUUUUUUUGACUUCUAAGGAGGGCUGUCGCAGUUCGUAACUGGGUGCUGUAGACGCCACUUCGGUGGGACCUGCUUGUACUGGCCCAGUUUUAGAGCGUUGAUUCAUCACCGAAAUCAAGUCGUGGCUAGAUUUAUACUAUCGUUUUGAUUGAAAUUUAUGUUGUUUUUGCAGCAUCUUGGCAAAAUGAAUAGCAGGGUGAGAGAGGAUGAGAAACAUGAGAUGAUUAUUAGGAAGUUGCUGAAGAACACCGAAAAUAAACGAUGCAUCAAUUGCAACAGCCUGGGUCCCCAAUAUGUAUGUACGAAUUUCUCUAUUUUCGUAUGCACGUACUGCAGCGGAGCACAUCGCGAGUUCUCUCACCGAAUCAAGUCGAUUUCUAUGGCGAAAUUCACUCCUGCAGAAGUUGCUAAUCUACAAUCUGGAGGCAAUGGGCGAGCUCGAGAGAUUUAUUUCAAGGAGUUGGAUCUUGUGCGUAACCCACUUCCUGAUAGUAGUGAUCCUAUAAAACUACGUAAUUUCAUCAACCAUGUUUAUGUUGAAAGACGAUUUACUGGAGAGAGACCAACACCUACGAAAAAUCAAGAAGGUGGUCGAGAUGAUUUUGAAUCUCGGCGUCCUGACGUGCGAAAACCUGGUUUUCAGAGUCCUUCAAGAGUAGAUCAAAGUCAUGACAGACGCAAUAGUGACCGGGCGCGCAAGUCUGAUGUCGGGGGGUACUUGAAUGAAAAACGCAGUCCUAAUAGAUUUGAACCAGAUAGGCCGCCUCGUAAGAGCUACGAUGACCGUGAAGGGCGGCGUGAUGAGAAAGUAAUUUCUGAAGCCAGCCGUGAAAGAGCAAAGCCCCCUGUUCGGCCCUUCACUUUCCGAAACUCUGAAGACGAUGGUCCGCCUAUUCGAUCUGUGAAGGAAAUCCUUGGAGAUGAUGUCCCAUCUUUGCGUGUUGAUGUGAAUGGCCGUUCACUUCCGGGAACGAUACCUCCCCCGGUUGGAUUGGCAAAUCAUGCACGAUCACAGAGCCUCAAUCAUUUGGCUAAUGGAGAAUCGGCAGCUUCAGCUCCUGUUGUCAAGCGAACCAGUUCUGAGAGUAUGAUUAGUUUGAUAGAUUUUGGUGCAGACCCGGAGCCUGUUACGACAUCUGCCCCCGUGACAGAUCCUUUUGCCCCCGCCCCUGUCUCCGCGAAAAUCCCUGUGUCAGAUCCUUUUGCACCCGCUCCUGUCUCCGCUAAUACCCCUGUUGUAGAUCUAUUUGGGUCUGAUCCUUUUGCAGUCGCUACGGCUGCUAAGCCGGUAGCUGAUCCGUUUGCACCUGCCGCAGUUUUGAAGCAGUCUCCAGAUCCUUUUGGGUUCGGAAGUCAAGGUGCUGGUGCUGAAUCUGCGACAUCCAGCUGGGCUACUUUUGGUUCGACUGGUAACCCGGCCCCUCCAGAGGGGUAUCCCGGUGGAUUUUUAGCAAACGCCUCAACCAACAACCCAACAACUCAGUUUUCUGGUGGAAACCUUUGGGAUUCUAGUACCACUUUAGGUGGGAGUGGAUGGUCAGCAUUUGACUUACACACGGGAUCAGUCCCUGCAUUGGUUCAAACCACAGCUCCUGCUCCAAGUUCAGUACCAUCAAGCCAGCAAUUAAACAUUUUCUCAACUGUUGGAGGUCUGACCACUGUCAAUCAGACGGGGAUGCAAAUGAGUUAUCCUCAACAACCAAGUCUUGUCGACAAGCUGGAAUCAAAAUCUUCUCCUUCCGGAAGGAUACGUCGUGAAUUACCUCAGGACUUUUUUGCGCAACCCAAUGUGUUCAUUGAUGCUCGCCAGGACGUUGCUUUUUCAAUGGGAGUUGGACAUGUUGGGGCACCUCAAUUUCCUCAAAGAGGACAACAGGCAGUUGCUCAGCCAUCUAGGACUCGAAAUCCAUUUGACGAUGAUGAUAUUCCACCUGCGCCGUUUAAUAUGGGCUCUAUGCAAGCAGCACUGCCUCAAAUUGGAGAUUCUCUGUCCGGUGCAGCUUCUCAAUGGGGACAGUCUAUCCCCCAAUUCCAACCGAUCUCAACGCCAGGUGGUGCCUUUGGAUAUGGGAUGCAAUCAACUUCUAACAUGCACCAGCAAAUCGGGCAACCUAGUGGCUUUGUCCAAAAUCAAGGAUUCAACCAAGGUGCUAUGUAUGGAGGUUCUUCAUAUCAUACGCAGACCGCUGGAAGCAACCCUUUUGGUUAAUACCAGGAAGUCUUUUUGGCUCAACUGCUUUACAGAGGUCGAGAGUUUAGCGACUGCCAACACUUGGGUGACCUGUCUGUGGUCACUGUUUGAACACCACUUUGAUGUGGAUUCUCUUUAAGGUUUUAAGUGUCAUGAAUUGCAUCUUGGAGAUAUAUUUCUCAUGGAUUACAGCCAAGGUCGUAUCUCUCGACGGAGCUUUCGAUCACAAUUUCAGAUCUCUGGAUGUUCAAAGUUCAAGAACGUCCUGAAAUAAUAUCUCCAUGUGGGUAGCAUGCAACAUUCAGGAUGUCGAUUUAUAUAUUUCUGUCUAGUGCACGCAAUGUAGUGAAGCCACGUUUUACUAGAGCUGCCAGCACUGUUGUCUGCCAUACUAGGUUUUUGGAGGACAUACAUGUGAAGGGGCAUGAACUUUCACUGUCUAGUGUAUGGUAUGCAUCAAACUAGUUUUCCAUGUAAGUUUUCGACGAAGUGUGGGUAAGCAGUGUAAUAAUAAAAUUGGGAUUCAAUAAUGUGUCCUCUUUAUGUAA